UAAAGUGGUAAAGUGGUAAAGUGGUAAAGUGGUAAAGUGGGGUGGGUGCGUGGGUGUUGUCCUCAAUAAUGCCAAUGCCAACAGACGGGACAGGAAGAGAUGUCUGGACAGUGGGUGGACACCACCGCACCUGUAUGUCUAGAUUAUUGUACUGUAGGUACUGUAGGUACCGCUGAUGUUUGAGAUACAGUAGGGGACACGUAGGUAGGUAUUUUUGCAUCCCCAUCUCCAUCCCCAUCCCACUCUCGCGCGUGUUUUUCAUCGCGGAGAGGGCAGGUAGGUAGGUAGGUAGGUACCACUCGCUGUAUCGUAUCGUAUCACCCUCCGUGGUCGGUCCCGUGUCCCGUCUUGAGUCACUUCACUUCACUGAGAUGCGAUUGGUACUUUUGGGAGCGAAUAUAGAUGUGCUUCAGCCGCAUCGUGAACAUUUGAGAAGUAGGCUUGUCAGUUUUUGACCAAAUAUAGUUGCAGCCUUUCGAAAUGGUCCUCCCUGUGGACAAUCCGACAAAGUCCUAUUGGAUUGAGGCGACGGAGCCUGAGUUGAGAGCUUCUACUUCAACGGAACAACUGCCAGCAGAGACGGACGUGAUUAUUGUCGGAUCUGGAUAUACUGGUGCAGCAACGGCGUAUUGGAUACACAAAUUCACGGACAAGACUGGCACGACGCCAAGAAUGUGCAUGUUGGAAGCCCGAGAUGUCUGUGGUGGAGCAACUGGUCGAAAUGGCGGCCAACUACGACCUCACGCCUACUCACGGUAUCCUCCCUGGUCCGAAAGAUUCGGCCCAGACAUCGCAUACGAGCUCAUCAAACAUGAAAUGGCACAUCUCCCAGCAUUCAAAAAUCUGUUAGCAGAAGAAGGUAUCACUGAAGAAGUGUGUUUCAAACUCGGAGACACUUUUGAUGCUGCGAUGUCAGAGGAAGCUUGGAUGAGACUCAAAGGAGCUUAUGAGUUGAUGAAGAGAGAUCAUGGGGAGGAUGGCGAGGUCGUCCGAGAUUGUAGAGUGAUUGAGGAUCCUGUGGUUGCAGAAGAGUUUACGCAGAUGAAAGGGUGUUUGGCUGCUGUUGUGCAUCCUGCUGGUCAAGUUUGGCCGUACAAAUUCGUGCACGCACUGCUCAGAAUUGUACUCAAGACUGGUCACUUACAAUUGUACGACCACACACCCGCCACCAAUAUCUCAGAGCGAGAUUCAAACGGCUGGAUUACAGUGACGACCCCCCGGGGAGUCAUCCAAACACGAGCAGUAAUGCACGCCACCAAUCGAUGGGCAUCACACCUCCUCCCCGACUUCUCAAACCUUAUUUCUGCAGGUCUGGCAACUGUAGCGGCAAUCAAAGCCCCAAAAGGUUUCAUCAAGCACACUGGAGCUCAGCAUUGGGACAGUAUCGUCAAUAAUUACCACCUCCAACUUCCACCGCCGUAUAAUACUAUCAUUGUUGGUGGUGCCAAACAAGUUCUUGUGCAUGAUCCGAAGUGUUACAUAGGUAGUGAUAAGGAAGACAAGUUGAUUCCGGGUGUGCCGGAGUUUUAUCAGUCUUGGCCGGAAUCUGAUAUUGUUGAAUGGGAGGGGAAGGAUCCUGCGGAGCUGGGCUUGGAGGUCGAGGAUGGUGGAUGUUGGACGGGUGUCACCUCCUCAAGUAUCGACAACUUCCCUUUCGUUGGCGCGAUCCCAGAUCGGCCUGGACACUUUAUUGCAGCGGGGUACACAGGGCAUGGUAUGCCGCGUAUCCUGCUGUGUGCCGCGCAUAUUGCGCCGCUCAUUUUAGAUUCUUUGGGGGUGGAGUUUACCCCGCCGAGCCUCGUCGAGCCUUAUCCAAAGUUACCAGCACCCUAUGAGAUUACGAAAGAGCGGAUCGAUAGAUUACAGAAAGAAGAUACGAGUUUGAGGUUUGAGAAUAGUGUGAAGCAAGCGGAGGAAAGUGCGAAGAAGGCGUUCUGUAACACGGAUAGAUGCAGACCUAAUGCUUGAUCAUCUGAGUGUAUCUAUGAGGAGUUUGUCAUCUGAGCAACAAUAGAGGCAUACACAUGGGUAGAGGCGAAAAUCGAAUUCUGAUUCUUUAACAAAAUCAUAAUUGUCUACAUUUAUCAAACUUAAUUCGAAC